AUGGCAUCCAUUCCAAGUCACCAACAAGCAGCUGUCGUGGAAGAUCCCGGCGACAACUUCAAGAUCGUGCUCCGCAAUGAUAUCCACGUCGGAGAACCAGGACCUGAAGAGAUCCUCGUCAAGUUAACAUGCACAGGACUUUGCCACUCCGAAGUGCGAGCCGUGUUGGCAUGGGGCGCGUACAAAUCAAUUAUCGGACAUGAAGGUGUGGGGAGAGUCGUCAAAGCCGGCGCGAACGUUUCCCCAUCGUUAAUGGGUCAACGCGUGGGCGUCAAAUGGCUUUACAAUGCCUGCACAAAGUGCUCUGUCUGUCAGCGUGGGUUCGCUCAUAAUUGUGCCAACCAGCUUAACACCAGCCGUCAUGUCCCUGGUACACUACAGCAAUACGUCGUGGCGGACGCACGCUUCAUCACAAUGAUUCCCGAGGGACUCGCCGAUGAGAUUGCGGCCCCAAUCCUCUGUGCUGGUCUCACCAUGUCAGGAGCCUUGGCGCAUCUCGACCAGGAGCUACGACCCGGUGACUGGAUUGUGAUUUCCGGGUCGGGCGGCGGACUCGGGCAUAUUGGAGUGCAAAUUGCGGCACGGGUCAAGAAGCUCCGCGUGAUUGCGAUAGACAGUGGAGACGCCAAGCGGAAGCUUAGUCUGGACUCUGGAGCGGAAGUCUUUGUGGAUUUCAAGACGGAAGAUGUUGCGGCGCGAGUUUUGGAGAUGACUGGGGAGGGCGCCCAUGCCACAAUUGUUGUGCCGGGGACCAAGGAAGCCUUCCAGAUGGCACCGUCAUUGGUACGGAAUUUGGCAACUAUUGUAAACGUGGGCUUGCCACCCAAUCAGAUGGAUAUUCCGAUUUCUGCGACCAUCUGUGCGGCUCGAGGGCUCACAAUCAAGGGUUCAUCCGUGGGUACUGAGAGUCAAUUGUCGGAGCUACUCAACCUUGCUUUGGAAGGCGUGAUUACUCCCGCCAUUGAGGUAUUCGAGUUUGCUGAGACUCCGAGACUGAUUCGGCAACUUACCAGGGAUGAGAUCAAGGGUCGGGCGGUGGUGAAGAUUCCAAUAGAAUAG